AUGGAUGGAGACAAUGUUGUCGAGUUGGUCUGUCGGUUGUGUCGUUGGAAGGACAAGGAUGGACCCAAACCGAAGAGCUUCAUUACGUGGGUACCCUCUGAUUCCCUGCCUGCAGACAUCCGUGUCUAUGAUCACUUGUUUACCACAGUCGAGCCAUCAUCAUCUGACGAUUGGGUGGACGAAAUCAACAAUGAGAGCGAGUUUGAACGGAUUGGAUACUUCGCAGUAGACCCCGAAACAACGUUUGACCCCCGAAGCCGCAAUGGAAAUCUUUUUUUCAAUCGCACCGUGUCCUUGCCUGGCGAAGGUGCCAUGAACAAGGAAAAACGAUCCAAACAGGAGGAAGGGGCGAUGGCCGCGCAUCGUGCAAAGCAACUGGCCGAUCUCGCCAGCAAAGAGGCGAGGAAGAAGAUUGCUCCCGUGGACUUGUUUCGCUUGGCAGCCGAACACGAAGGGCUCUAUUCCAAGUAUAAUGUGGAGACUGGAGUUCCCACCCACGAUGCUGACGGCAAGGAGCUUUCCAAAAACGCGAGAAAGGCUCUUGCCAAGAAACAGGCGAAACACGCGAGUAGAGAUUACGAAGGCAAUCGAGACUACUGCAUGUAG